UCGCUUCAAAAAUUUCGAUUCUCUGCAACCGUCCAACGAUUUUCACCCGCCCCAUUCGAUCACAACACAAAGAUGGAAGUGUACGAGUUUAACAAAAGUUUCCUGACCCGUCUGCUCGAGACGACCAACGUGCUGAACGGUGGCGGUUCCAACAUUCCCGCAUCCGCCAUCCGCUCGGAAUGGAUCAAUUUCGUGGAGGUGGCCGUAGAGCCGACCGGCUGGCAGGCGCUGUGGAAAGCAUCGCGUCCGGUAUGCGAGCAGCUCGGCGUAAAGUACCCGCUCGUCGUGCUGGGCACCGUGGACCAGGUACUGUUCGACGAGCUGAAGGCCGUCUUCCUCAUCGAAGCCAUCCUGGACGAUGAUGUGCAUCUGCCGGAGGAGCAGUGUACGGUGCAGCUGGAGGAGCUGUGGCCGCUGCGCGAGCAGAACAACCCCGCCCUGAACGUCAACAUUACGGCCGACUGUAUCGAUAAGCUGCGGUUUUUCUACCAGCAUCUCUGGAUGCCGUGGGACACCGAUACGGAGGAUGAGCAGAACUGGAUCGAGAAGCAUCUGGAAUCGCGCAUCCGGUUCUGUCACGAUCUGAAGAACAAAACCAUGUCGCGGCAGCUUUCCUCCCACGCGCUGGCAUUGCUCGCGGAAGCGCGGUACGUGCAGCGCAAGCGGGAGUUUAUCGAGCAGGAGCUUAGCGAGGAGGAUGGGCAGGAGGAGGAAGAGGAGGACAAUGAUACGUCCAUUCUGAAGGAUAGCCGGUCGGGAGAGCUGUUGCAGCUGAACUUACGCUUAAAUACGAUCAAGAAUGAAAUCAACGUGCUGGAGAAUCCCGUAUGGCGCAGCGUCUUCGAGAAGGUGCGCUUCGGAGCGGGAAAGAGCAAGGGCAACUCCGCAAUGGCGUUUAUCGUAACGCAGGCAGUACCGAUAGAUGAACAGCUGACCUACCUCCAGAGCGCCAAAGAGAUGAUGGAUCCGAAGAUUGCGGUGAAAAUGUGCGACUCUCUUCAGCACGCGCUCGAUCACUGCAGCCCGGAUAGUGCGAUCUAUCUUCCACCCGGAACCAGACAGGACAUUAAGUUCCUGGAGUACCUGAACAGUGGCGGAUCGUUCCGGGGUGUUAGCAGCGCCUCCUUUGUUGACGAUUUUGAGCAAGCGUGCAAGCUGAAUCCCACCAUCGUGUCGAAAAACGACGACAGUGUGCUGCUGACCAUCGACGGGGACUUUACGCUGGAAAACGUCCGUCUCGACUGUUCGAACGUGCGCACCGGGGUGGUUAUCAAGAAGGGCAACAUCGUCUUCCGCAACUGUUGCUUCACGGGCGAUCCAACCUCCAGCACCAAGCAGGGCAUCGUCAUCUUCGGCAACUGCACGAUCACGUUCGAUCGGUGUCUGAUCAAGGAGUUUUCUUCCGGCAUCUACAGCAAUCACGAUUGUACGAUCAAUCUGAUCGGCAGCACCAUUAGCCACUGUAUGACCGGGCUGGAGACGCUCGAUCAGUGUCAAAUUGUGUUCCGAUCGGCGAGCAUAACGCACUGCUCACAGUACGGCGUGCUGCUCGAGGACUUUAACGAAGAUGUCCAGCAGGAUCAGAAGGCAGCGGGUGAUCAAAGCACGAGCGGGUCACAGGUUUACGCCGAUUACAACACGAUCGAGCGGGAAGAGUUUACGUUCGAGGGGGCGUGCGAGUUCCGGGAUAAUGCCAAGGGCAAUUUUGUCAUCCGGAAAGGGUUCAGCGAACGGUUUAACAGUUCCUGCUUUGUCGAUGAGGAUGAGAGCCAGCUGCAUGACGCGGAGGAUGGUCUGGACGAAUCGAUCUGCAAUGCUACGAAUGACAUUCAACCGAUGGAGGAUUAAUCCGUUAACCGCAGCCAGUUCAAAAUUAUAUUUUUACGCACGCAGCCAAUUCUUCCGCCGCUGUCAAAACAUGCAACGGAGGCUAGCUGUCAAAGGAACAAACAAAAUAAUCUUUGCGAUUUGCUUUUAAUCGGUUCACUAAAAUUAUAAAUAAAGAGAUUCCAUUUUAAUAGCAA